AAUCAAAGCGACCAUGAAGUGACAAAUAAAGUCGGGGAUCGAGAGAACAAUGCUCGCGCGUACGACGGCAAGGAGGACACCCCGAGUCGCGCAGGUAGCGUGCGUUCGCCCCACCGUUUGAUACCCGGACCCGCCGCCGCGUCCGUGCGAGUGGCCCCGCGGCGUGAACGCGCCGCGCACCGCCACUGCUCCGCCACCACCGCCGCAGCCGCAGCAGCCGCGCGCGACACACACCACACAGCAGCAGCAGCAGCAGUAGCAGUAGCAGUAGCAGCAGCAGCAACAGCAGCCGAAAAGGUGCUCACCGUGGAGGUGAGGGUGACACUUGGGACGAACUUUCUCCCACGCGGCCAAGUGCUACAGGACUAUCGGUGCGUUCCGGCGCAGCUUCCAGCCGGUUCGCGCUAACAUAAUCGUUCGUCCCGGUCGCGACAGUCGGAUCGCUCUCUCUCUCGAUUAUCCAGGUGACGAGGCUCCCACGCAGCAUCUCCGGGUCACGGUGCGAUUGAUUUGGAGAUUCCCCGUCGUCCAUACCGGAUUCACCGUAUUAUCCGAUGAGAAGUGGCCACAUGGCGAUGCUUAAAGCCGCGAACGGUUUCGUGGGUGCCGUCUGGUGAGCGUGUGCGAUCUACGGUGCGACUACGGACGACGUGCAUCUCGCCGUUAACUGUUGUCCUUUGUUUGUCUCCUCCGUUUCUCUUGCCGCGCGUGACACUGGGCAUCGGGGACGCGAAUCUAGUGCUGUGGUGGCCAUGCCGCUUUUCCCGCUGUUCAACCAUACCAGUAAGGUUUGACCCCGCUCGGUUGUUUACGAACGCGGAACGCUUCAGCCAUGAAAACCGAGAAGAAGCCCAACGAGCCCAGCUGUUGUCCACCAACCACGGUUGUCAAGGAUGAGCCUGAUGCCGACCCUGUCAAGAUCAAGGAAGAAGGCACAGGUGGUAAUGAUGAUGCAACUGGAGAGGACACCUCCGAGUGUCCAAGAGACCCUUGCUUGGAUCCGUCUAACGGUGAAGGCACGAUGCCUGGAGAGAAUGCUAAUGGUAACCAGCCCAUUUUGAAUUCGGUCAAGCAAGAGGGAGACCCUAAUAAUCCAACUGAUGAUCUACCUGAUUAUAGUGGAAAUGUUAUUACAGCGGACAGCAUUCAACCACUUGUUAGUAAUGUUGUGGGAAAACCAAUGGGAACUAGUACGAGCAGCGGGGAGGGUCAAUACAUGCAACAGCAAAGUCAAGUUUUUGUAUUUUCUACUGCGUUGGCGAAUAAAGCCGCAGAGACGGUGUUGCGAGGCGAAUAUCCUUCAAUUAUUGCUUAUCAUAGUGCGCAACCAGGCACUAAAAAAUAUUUGGAGAAAGGCCAUCAGGGAAAUGCGAAUAAUACUUUCCCAACUGAACAACCCCCGGAUUUACCAGCACUAGAUCCAAAUGCUUCACAAUUUUGGAACGAACAACCUAAUUUGCGAAACAUAAAUGGUGGAAACUCCCUUGGUAAUUCUGAACCAUCAUUGGAUGAUGGAAACAUAGACGUGCCUUGCCUUGUGCCGAAUUCACCUGGUAAUUCAGCCAACCCUCAACCCGCUAAUAACGCUACCAUGGGCCACAGUCCAAGUUUGUUAGGUGGCACAACGAGCCCAGGUCCAGGAGGUUUACAACCAUCUCUCCAAGGUGUUAAAGUCCCAGAUGAAAAUUUGACACCAAAACAAAGGCAGCACAGAGAAGUCCAACUAGCGACUUUACGAAAAAUGCAAAUGAUGUUAUUUCCUGGUCAUAAGGAGGAUCAAUCUGGCAAUGCUUUAACAGACACAACGCAAGGAACGACAGUGUCAUGCCCUACCACGAAUGUUCCUCCUGUUGGUGUUCCAAAUCAAUGUUCUCCAUCUAUGGAUUGGCAUAAACUACAGCAUCAAUUUCUUGAUGGAAAAAAUAAGGCAACUGUUGGUAAUCCUGGUGCAGUACCAUUGCGCGGUACCAAUAUGGUCGGAGUACCGCGAAGUCAAGGCCCGCCACCACCGUAUCAUCAAACGACUCGAUCUGCCAGCGUGCCGAUCGCGAUUCAAAGUCCGAAUCCAUCGUCUCCCAAUAAUCCGACCAGCAAUUUAUCUUUACCAUCACCGCGUGCAAGUUCCGCUCUGAAUUCACCGGCGGACUGCAAUAGGCAGUUUCAGCUUGGUAAUCAGAGGACCAGCCACUUGCCGGGACAAAGCCCGACAAGUCAAGACUCUCCGAAUCCGACGGUUGCGACGGCAGCCGUUUCGACGACGCGAUUGAAUCACAGCAAUCCAGGAACACCAGUCUCUCAUUCCCAUAUUGCUGCCCUUAGUCCUAGUGGUACUACUGCUCAAAAGGAUGCUUCCCUCGAUUUUCCUACCAAUCAACAACCAAACGUGGACGGUAUGUUUUGCCGAACACUACAAUCCUUAGCUCAACAAAAACAGCAGCAUGCUGGAAACGUUAAUGCAUCGGCCGUGAAAGAAGCAAAUUUGAUGCCAGUACCGAGCCCUCAUCAACUUCAAUAUCUUAGUACGUUUGAAGGACAGGAAUUGACCAUUCAAAAACAACCUAAUACCAGUUUAAAGGAUGGCAAUUCAUCUACAAACACCGGUAGUUCUACUGAGAUGCCCAAUAGAAUCUUAUCAGGAAGUCUAGAUAGCAACAGUCAAUUCCCUACCAGAUCGGAAGGCGCGAGUCCUGUACAAAUGGACAGUAUGAACCGAGGAUUCGCGGGUUCUCUGCAUAGUCCUCACACGCCACACACGCCACAUACGCCGGGUAGCGCCGCGCCGCAUACUCCAGCGGAUCCCGCGAAACCGGGCAACAAGUCCAGCGCGAGCGCGCAAAGUAGUCCGACACCGCACAACACCAGUAUACCCGAUAGCAUGGGUCCUCCGCGAACAGUGCCGGCAUCGCCUACCAUGAAACCCGACACGUCACCACCGUCCGCAAAAGAUGUUCAGCAGCAACAACAACAACAACAACAACAACAACAACAAGUACAGUCGCAGCAGCAACCACAACAGCAGCAGCAGCCUCCGCAACAGCAGCCUACAGUGGUAAAUCCAAACAAUUCUGGUAGUACGACGGUAGUAUCUUCAUUGAGCGGUGGUCCCGCCAGUGCUACUUCUUUCACCUGCGGCAGACCAUCCAUUAACGUGAGUCAACCAUCUGACAAUGUGCCUCUCAAUCCUAACAAUAUUGGCGGUCGACUUGGCGGCUUAAACACGAUGGGUACGAAUUUCGAUCCUAUAACGUCUCUGGCGCAGAUGAGUCAACAGCUCACGAACACGGCGGCGAGCAAUUCGCUGGGCAAUGAGCCCAUGCAUUCCGGUAAUGCUGGCAUGAUGCCGUUUGGCAAUCCACAUGCCGGCAUGCACAUGAUGCAGAUGGGUGGAGAGAUGAACGGCAGUUGUCAUAUGGGUGCAACUAGCGGGGAACCGGGCAAUGAGGUUGGCGGUAUGUGCAUGGGUCUCGCGGGUCCUCCAACGAGUUACAGUCCUACCACUUCACAUACAGGCAGCCCCGGCGGAGUUCCCAACAAGAUGGGACAUCCCGCCAUGAUGGGUGGCCACGGGAUGAUGGGCGGUCAUUCGGGCGUCGGUACAGCCGGCCCUGCUUAUCCUGGCGGUGACCCUGGACAUGCGCCUCCACCAAGAUUAAUAAGUGGCCAUGGGAUUACGGGACCUAGUCCCUACAAUGGCGCGAACGUUCAAGUAAAGCCGAAUGCGCCUAAUACCAUACAAUACUUACCGGCCAGGCCAAACGUCGGUCACGCGCCUCGGGGUCCACCCAGUCUGGAUUUCCUUCAGCGAUUCACCAAUCCGUUGUCUAAUCUAGAGUCGAAAAUGGGAGGAACUCCCUCCGUGAACCUUCAGUACUUCCCAAACGGUUGCGUGCCGAAUAGUAUGGGGGGUCCGCACAGCGGUAUGCCGUCCAAUAUGAAUGCCGCCGGAAUCCCCGGAAUGGGUGCCUCACCUAGAAUGGAUGGUCAGUCCAUGAACACCUCCGGCACCAUGCACCCGUCCAUGAGACCGGUCGGCAAUAUGCGACCGCAACCGAACUUGAUGCGGAUGCAGCAUAUGGUAGGUGGCGGCGUCUUCCCAGGUGGUUCCAUGGAUUCCGAUAAAGUCUUCCCACCCGACAUGGUGUCGCAAAACCUAUCGAAUCAGCCGAAUCCAGGCAUGUACGGCGUAUCCAGUAAUAAGGCCAGUCCGAUGGGAUUGGGACCGCCACCCGAUGCUACUCAGCCUCUACCACCGAGCAUGGGCGGCGCAACCAGCAAUUUCAAAACCGGUCCAUUUGUCGGUAGCGGACCCAGCAUGUCAGACCCAAAUUAUGCUCAACAGUUUCACAACUUCCAGCAACAGCUUUAUGCCACUGGCACCAGAGGCAGCGGGCCGCCGCAUCCUAAUCUGCAUCCACCGCCAAACUCGCAUUCGCAUCAACAAUUUUUCAUGCCGAAGUGAACGUUGCUCGGUACUGAUCCAUAUCGUAACGACGGCAAUGACGAGAACGAGAAUGACGAUGGGUACAAGGAUGAUUUUGACGGUGGCCUUUCAUCCCUCUUUUUCUCUUUCUCAAUAACUCUUUUGCUCUCUUUCUAUCUAUCCAUCUUUAUCUCUAUCUUUCGUCUAUCAGCAGGGAUGUUUCUAUUAAUCACGCGAGAUAGUUCUGGAAGUGUAAAUUGUGUUAGAGCGAUGUUGCAAAGGACAGUUAUAGGAACGAGCAUCGCUGAGUUACCUUCAAGGAUCAAUUCUAACGAUUGACGUGCGACGAAAAUUCGAAUUGACUCUUGAUUUUUGUAUAUGACAUUUACGUUUAUAUUAUGCGAGAUUUUUAUCGUUUUUGUUAAUUUUUAGAUCAUGACAUCGAAUGUCGUAUAUAUUUUCAAAUUUACUAUUUUGACAUCUUGAAAGUGUCAUUUUAAGCCGAAAUCUUCCGGAGCUAUUUGUAAAUCCUAAAUGUUGACGGAGACGCAUGAAUAUUCUCCCACGCGUUCAUGUAAAUACUGAUGUACAAUCUGGUUUUUCUUUUUCCCCUUUUUUUUGUAGAAGUUACUUCAGCGAUUGAAAAGCACAUUGCUAGAUUAUAAGAAAUAUAUUACUACAACUCGAGUGUAAAAAAAUGAGAGGAAGAAAACAGUUGAGAUUUCUUCCUUUUUUGCGCUUUGUUUAUAAUGGUUGCUCGGGGUAAAAUGUGCAGAAGUGCAUGGUACAAUGAGCAAGAGGAUUCUGGUACAUCGGUACCGUAAUUCAUCCUUCCUUUAUCACUAAAAUACUUAAAACACAGUCAAACCAGCUCAAAUUUAUUAUUGUACAUAUAUACCAUAUACAUAUUAUACAUAUUAUAUAUAUUAUAUAUAUAUAUAUAUAUAUAUAUAUAUACCUGUUGCAACAUAAUCCUUCAAUAUUGCCCAUCCCCAAUGCUCCUUCAUCAAUCCUUCCUAUGACCAACUUUGUGCAUAAUCAUGACUUCCCCUCCCCCGUCCCCUAAACCUUACCUGUAGUUUACAUUAUAAGGAAAGAAUUAAUUGAACUAAGAACAAUUAUGUUGUUGAUGAAUGAUUUUUAUUAUAAAUGAAAAAUAAAGAUAUUUACAAGAAG